CGAUCUACAGUAGUCAUCCGGCCCCAGAGGAAGUCACUUCGAAGCUACUGGAGAAAGCACACAAAACCACGGAAAAAGGAGUGUUCGAAAAUAUUCAGCGGUACAUGCUACAAGAGAAGUUUCAAAAGCUAGGUGACGCGGAAAGAAAGCUUCAACUGACUGACGACGACUUUGGUGUACUAGAAGUUUUAGAAUCUGCUAGCGGGAACGAGGAGGAACUAGAAGCUAGAAUUGCCCACGAGAACCAGCCAGGAAGCAAAGAAAACGCCCAACCCCCACCCGAUCGUGCUUCCACAGACGGAGAGGCUAGCGAAGUACGAGUACCAGCUCCGGGUGGUUUGCAGGAGAUUGUAAACGCCAUAGCAAGGACAGAUCGUGAGAUCCAGUCCUUAACGUCUUUGACACUGGCGCCGGACGAAGAGAAACAAGAGGAUGUUCCAGGACAUGCGAAAACCGAGCAAACUACGGACACGAAGAACGACACAGCUGGCCUUGUCGCUGACGACGUGUCUCGUCGCUUGGAGUUCUUCGACGAGGACGAGGCGAAAAAUGCGACUACUCGCCAGCCACCAGUUCCCGAAAAACUGAG